GCCGCCGCCAUCGGAGCGCCCCAAGCCCGGGCCCGCCCCGCGGGAGCUGCUGGAGGCGGGGCGGGACCCCCUUGUCCCACGGCUGAAAUAGGGGGAGGGCUCAGCCCGCGCCUCGCCCAGGUGGCUGCUGCCCGCCGAGCCUCCUGCGGAGCCGCGCCGCCUGCGAGUCUUUUUUCAGAGUUUGAAGAGCUUGAGACACACGUGCCGGCUUCCCACUGCUCCCCUGUGGCAUCUCACUUUCAGCUGUCAGGUUAACUGAAAUCUGCAAACAUUCCCUGCUGCAAGAAAGAGAGGGUGAUGUCAUCAGAAGAUGAUGCUGGCGGGGAGGCUCCUGGGGGCAGUUUCUGGGAGGCUGGAAACUACAAGCGGACAGUGAAACGUGUAGAUGAUGGCUACAGGCUCUGCAAUGAUCUCAUCUCCUGCUUCCAGGAGCGAGCCAAGAUAGAGAAGAACUAUGCCCAGCAGCUAACAGAGUGGUCCCGUAAGUGGAGGACCAAUGUGGAGAGAGGUCCACAGUAUGGUACUCUGGAAAAGGCCUGGCAUGCCUUCCUGACAGCUGCAGACAAACUGAGUGAAAUUCACUUGGCUGUCCGGAACCACCUGGCUGGUGAAGACUCAGAUAAGAUCAAGGCCUGGCAGAAGGAGGCCUACCACAAACAGAUGAUUGGAGGCUUCAAGGAAACAAAGGACGCAGAGGAAGGAUUCCGCAAGGCCCAGAAGCCCUGGGUGAAGAAGAUGAAAGAUGUGGAGACUUCUAAGAAAAACUAUCAUGCAGCCCGGAAGGAGGAGAAAACAGCUCAUACAAGGGAGAACCAUGCCAAAGCAGACUCAUCUGUCUCACAGGAGCAGAUGCGCAAGUUGCAGGAGCGUGUGGAGAAGUGCACUCAGGAGGCUGAGAAGUGCAAGGAUCAGUAUGAGAAGAUGCUGGAAGAGUUGAACCGCUACAAUCCCCGCUACAUGGAAGACAUGGAGCAAGUGUUUGAGGGCUGUCAGGAGGCAGAGCGCAAGAGAUUGUGCUUCUUUAAGGAGAUGCUUCUGAAUCUGCACCAGCAUCUCAACCUUUCCACCAGUGAAAGCUUUCAUGCAUUGUAUCGGGAUCUCCACCAAGUCAUCAUGGCUGCAGACAACCAGGAGGACCUGAAGUGGUGGCGCAACACUCAUGGACCGGGCAUGKCAAUGAAUUGGCCUCAGUUUGAGGAAUGGUCCCUCGAAACACAGAGGCAAAUCACCAAGAAGGAGAAGAGUGGCAAGAUGGCUGAUGAUGUCACACUGACCAGCAUUUUGCCUGCACGGGAUGGUGUUGUCUCACAGACCCCUCUGCAGACAAAGCAAAGGUUUUCCUAUCAAGAGGAGCAGAACAGCUUCUUCUAUGACACCCUGAAGGCACCAGCCCAUGUGAACGGAGGGAAGGAAGACAUUUCGGAGUGGUCAGAUGAGGACACUCCCAAGAAGUGCCUGGAUGCCAACGGGCAUGAGGAAGACCUAAAGGUACCAGGUGUACGGGUACGAGCACUCUAUGAUUACACAGGACAGGAGGCUGAUGAGCUGAGCUUUAAAGCAGGUGAAGAACUAAUGAAGAUUAGUGAGGAAGAUGAGCAGGGCUGGUGCAAGGGCCGACUUCUCACUGGUCAAGUUGGACUCUAUCCUGCUAAUUAUGUUGAGAAGGUUGGAUCAUGAUUGCUGCUUCCUUUUCAGUGCCUCACAGCCAUACCAGCAUCUCCUGCAGAGGUCACUGGGUCACUCCAGGCCCCAACCCACCUCUGCAGUAUAUCCAGCAGCUUCUGGACUUUAAAGGCACAUAUUCCAUGUAACUAAUGCUUAAUUUUAAACACCUAGAUCUGUAGGGAUUUUCUAAAAAAAUAAACAAGGAUGAAUAAAGACUUUCCUGAGCACUAUAGUAGUUUAGGAGUGCAGAAAGAAACUUGCACUUUCACUUGCACUGAAUGAAAGCAGAUAAGAGUUUCCAUGAAGUUUUCCAAGUAUUUUCAUGUGUUCUCUCUAUAAAAGAGAGAAAGCACACUUCCUUGGCUUUAAUGCCCAUGCAUCCAUAGGGUGUUGAGGUCUGCCCUACCUCCAGGCUUCCUGUUCAAGGAAUUUUGGAUGUGCAGGGUAAUAGGGAACUUCUGCUGUUGUUUUCCCCUUUUUUAGCUCCAUAAGCUGACUGGCAGAAAGCUCUUUAUUCUCCUAUAUAUUUUAUAAGUUUUCAGUAUCCCUCACCUGCAAGUUUCUUGGCUUCCCUGGUAAGGCAGCUGGUAUAAGUCAUACAGCUUCAACCUGAACAUCCCCUUCCACUGCCCUCUUAUUUGUUGUGAUAACGACAGGAGUGAAUGAUAGUAUAGCUGAGGCACAGGAGAAGGAAGCUUCUGUCUUGCAUGGUGUGGCUGUUUGCACAUUUAAUGACGUGUGAACAGACCUGUUGUGCAGCAAGUUGAAGUUAAUUGAAUGCUCCCUGAGCUAUAAUGGACACGUGCUGAAGGCUGGUUUUAAAAAAAUGACAGCAACAUUCCACUGCUGUUCUCUCUAGGAUCCCUAAAUUCACUUGUGUAUGUUGAGGUUUCUAAUGCAUCUAGAUUAUUUUGGCUACACCUCUUUUCAAGAGCACUUGGCACACAGUAGAGGCCCUCUUUUUUUCCUCUUGGACAUCUGCUUGACUUACACAGGGCUGGAUGUGUACUCCCUGCUUUGCCAAAGACCCUGCACUUGUGAUGAGGGUAGCACUGUGGAAGUUGCCUGCUGGCUGGCACAAAUUAGCUAUAGAGGGGUAAUUCCCCUUCUCAUCCUGAAUUGCUGUAAGUGCACUUAUUCCCAGUUGUUAAGUGCCAUUCAGCAGGGAAGAGUUAUCAAAUCUUUAUCUUACCUGUCCUGCCUUUCAAAGCCUGUGAGGCUGCUGGGAUGCCCUGGCCUCCUGCUCCUAGUGCUCUGCAUACUACAACAUAAGGGCUGAUAAGCCCAAGCACUUGAGGKAACAAAAACCUGAAAAAGCUCCCAGGGUUGGAGAAACAAAGRAAAACAAGCAGUUGCUUAAAAAUGGCUUACUUAGUACAUCUGCUUGAAAUUGCUGCUGAAAUGCGUUUUKGGCUUAGCAAGUGUGAGUGACCUGGCUAUGUCAGACUCACAAAACUCAGUCAAGCCUCCACCAACCACACGGGUUAACUGUUCCAGAGUUGUUUGGAAAAAGGGUGCUACACAUAAAGUCUGAAAUCACGGGUGAACAUUMGGAUUAAAUGGCCAGUAGCAUGUUAACAGCAGCUAGUAAACCAAAAUGUAAACUGAAACAGAGGAGGGGAUAGGCAUGCUCAAACACUGAUAAUUAAAAUAUCACAAACAUCUUGUUGCCUGACUGAGCAGAAAUUAACCUUUUCCAGCAUACUGGAUGCCUUGAAGUGUAGUCUGCCAUGGACAAAGAGAUCAGAGACUAAUGCUGCUUAGUGUUGUUGUGAGACUACAGAAGUUUAGCAGUUGAAAAGCUUUGCUCAAAAUCCCUAGCACUGUACUUCAUGAAUAGGGAAGAGGGGUGCAAACCAAAAGGAUAAAGCUAAAGCAUUUGGCUCAAAGUCUAUUAUGUUAUUUCUUGAGAAAAGACRAAAUAUUUCCAAAAGGCAAUUAAAUAUCUAAGCAACAGGCAUUGAAAUGGCUGGAUUUAGCUAUGAAUUUACUUAGUAUUCUAGCUUCAGUAUCUGAAGAUGCCUCUAAGCUUAUGCCAUGCAGUUAGAGGUGUUGGUGUAUAAGCACUUGAAUUUGUUUAAAGAUCAAGUCUCUGCUUUCAGUUCUGUGUCCYGGGUAAAAGUACAAUUACUGCACAACACUAAUGAUAAGUGUUCCACUUGCUGACCCACAAUGGAAUGAUUUCUUGCUCCUUUGUCCUAGCACACAUGAAUGUGAAGAGAGCCAUGCCUGUGAGGCUUUUGAGAGAACUGAGACUAAUACAGUCAGUGCUAAAAUGACCUGAGAUGUCCUAUGAACAAUACUGAGGUUUACCUGAUUAGCCUGCAUAUUUCAAACACUAAUGCUAGACUUUCAUGUAAGGUCAACRAAUGGUAGAAGGGAGCUACAGAGGAUAACAAGGAAAAUUGACUUCAGCUCCUCUUCUGAGUUCUACUCAGGCUAAUUAGGGAUGGAACUAGGUGUGGCCAGAAUGUGCUGAAGGACARAAAUGUCCAGCAGACAGAACCUCUGAUUACAGUACAAACAACCUGAAAUUCCACAGGACAAAGUCUGAACAGACUUGUUUGUCCUAGGAAAACAUGACCACCUGAUUAUAAUAGGCUGCUUGAAGGUUUUCAGAAAUAGUGACAUACUGCAGUUAUGUGAACAAGUCCUCUAAGGAAUGUUUGCACAUCAGAAAUUCCUGCCAAGAGCUGAAGUAAUGGACAGCAGACAACACAUUGAGAAUGAAGAAUUGCUUGGCUGGACUAUACCUCAUAAACUGGCAUGGCAUUUAGUCCUGGCUGCCCAAAACCAUCUGGAUUAAUAAAACAGAGUCUGUGUGGUAAAGAACUAGCUGGAGGGAAGGGGAAAAAAAACUCAAACCAUCCCACAUCUAAUGAUCUUACGUUAAAAGUAAUAGCUCUGCCUGGAUACUUGGUUUUCCACAGAAGCAAAUUAGGUUUUGUUAACCACAAAGGUCCUAGUUGAAGCUUGCCAUCUAUGCUAUGCCAAAAGUUUUAUGUGUGAACGGAGAGAUAUGUACACAUAAACUAAUUGCUGUGCCUGAAUUCCAGAAGGCCAAUGAAGCCUGCUCUUCCCUCAUGGUUUUUGUAAAAACAUACAAAUGCAUCUCUGUGCCUGAUGGGCAACACAGUGAAAAUUUAUCUGGUCAUAUUUUAUUUUUUAAUAAAGCCGUUCCUUGUGGAAAGUUCA